AGGUUUGUUUUCAUCGCAUGGAUAAAUUAGCUAACAGGGAAGGGCUGUACGAAACUACACAUAGUAAAUACAGCGCUUCUGCUCUUUUUUAUCGUAUAGUUUUGAGGUUUGGCUUCAACAUUUCGUCAAGAAUUUUAAGGCGACAUGAAAGUCCAACCUCUUGUACGUCGUCAUGGUGUGCGAUAUAACAAAGUGUAAGCGUCACAGAAGUACAUGGGAUGGAUUCACCCUCAAAAGACAUGUACGACACGUUCAAAGAUGAAAUCUGGAAAGAACUGGGACCACUGGACCCCAACUGGUUUGAUGUGCUGACAGCUCAAACAUCUGCUAAUGAGGAAGAUGUCUCUGACCAAGAUGAGCUGUGUGCUAACCAAGAGGGAAAUUUUAAAACACCUUUAGAAAAACCUACGGUAGACAGUCAGCUGUUUUCAACCCCCAAAGUUUUCAGACACAGUCGAAUUUUGUCACCUGAAACUGAGGAUGAGCAGUCAUUCAAUACGGAACAAGAAAAAGAAACGUUGCCAUGGUCAACAACACAAAGUCCAUGUUUGUUUCGGAUGUCAAAACAGGGCAUUCUGGAUGUAAAAUAUGGAGAUGUCCAGCCUCAGAGUCAGGGAAGUUUUGAUCUGCUCCAUACUCCUCACAAAUCCCCAGUCAGCUUUGCCAAGCAUAUUUCUGAAAGUCUCGGUGCACAGAUCAAUCCUGAUAUUUCAUGGACGAGUUCUUUUAAUACCCCACCAGCAUUGCCAUCCACCCUGAUUUUAUCUAAAACUGAUGAGAGUCCCUGUCCAGUGAGUGUUUCUGUCGACAACACUGUAGUUUUUGUACGGAAGCUUUUUCCUUCUCUUUCAAAUGUAUCCAAAGUUGAGGCAGCACCACUUAAAAACAAUGACAUUCCCACUGCUGACCAAGGUGCUGUUUCCUCUGAUGACUCCCUUCAGACUUCAUUAAACCAAAAUGAGGGUGUUUGGCAACAGAAGCUUCCGGAUGCAAUUGAAGAAGGAGAAGUUCGCACCACAGUCGCAAGUGUUCUUGAUGGAGCUGAAAAUGUUCUCUCCAUUUUCUUCGCUAACAGUAGUUCAGCACUGAGAAAAGUGAAGCCUAACAACACCAAACGGAAGCAAAUCAUUGCGGCCAAAGAACAUGGCUGCAGUUCUACAGACAAGUUGACAACAAACAAUGCUGCAUCAUGUGAAAAGAGAGCAGCUGAUCGGGAACCUGGCAGCGUUUCGUCAUCCCCGCCUGAAAAACCUGGAGAUGCAGGAAUCACUCAGUGGUCACCAUUGAGCUUAUCUGAAAUUCCCCCUUCUGCUGUUCAUAAUAAUAUUUUAACAGGACAACUAAAGAGUGGCUCUGAUUCUGGCCAGCCAGUCAUGCCACCUAUAAAAACCACAGACUCUGGACUUAAUAACAAAAAGAGAAAAUUUGUUUACACUGUUGGAACCAUGAAAACGCAAAGUCAAGGAAAUGAAGCACAAUCUCAGAAGAUGAUUUCCUCACCAGGGAUUCAAGAUUCUGGACAAGAAUUGAGUGUCAAGCGGUUGGGGAAAGCCUCGGGUGGAGCAGACUGUUGCAGUACUGGGCAAAAACUGGGAAAUCUUGGUGGAGAAAAUCUGCCUCCAUCUGUACAAGCAAAUGUCCACUAUCUUGACAUGUCUCAGCUUCACAGAGAUUUUGCACAAGACUUCAGCCAAAUGCCCGACUCUGGUAUACUGAGUAAAGUAGCAGAGGAUACAAGAACUCACUUUUCUCCAUCAGCCUGUCUGUCAGCCAUGAAGCAAGCAAAGCAGAAAGCAAAGCAAGGUAGCUCUCACUCUGACUGUGGUGAUGUCAGUAGCAGAAGACUUGUUUCAGCCUCUAAUCAGAAUUUUUCCAUCCAUGAAGGCACUGUAAUUGACAGUGGAUUCCAAUCUGCUGUUACAGAUGUAACUCAUACAAGUGCAUCUUCAUUUGCUGUUCCUUUCUCAGAGAACACUGGCCAAAGUCAGCAAUGCUCUGGCUUUAAAACUGACAUCCACAGGACUACUCCUUUGCCAUCUACAAAUAAAGGAAAUGGAAAAGUACGUUUGAAUGAUGAAGCUAAAGCCGAGCUGUCCAGUGCGCAGAAGGAAAGACGGAUAGUGGACCCUGGAACAGAGACUGGCUCGCAUAUGGAGGGAAUUGCAACACAGCUACUGAGAAGUGCAAAUGGAGCUGUCAGUAGCACUAAUUGCAUUCCACUAAAUGGUCAGAUUCAUGGCAGUCUGCCAAAACAAACUGCUUUUUCUCUUCCUUCUGUAAGUGCAUCAGGAUUCAAAACUGCUUCAAACAAGAGUAUACGAAUUUCCUCGGCUAACCUGGAGAAAGCCAAGCACCUCUUUGAAGAGAGUCAAAAUGAAAGGACUUUUCGUGAUCAACUUACCAAAAGCGACCAUACCACUAAGCAGAAAAUUGGCACGAGUAAUGGACCAGUUAAAAACACAACUUCUACCUCAAACUUAAAUUCUUUAAGUGAAACAUCUGGGGAUGUGAGUUGCCAGUUAACAGCUUCCCAAAAAGCUGAUGUGACAGAACUGUGCACUCUCUUGGAAGAGACAGAUAGCCAGUUUGAGUUUACACAGGUCAAAAUUCCUCAAGUACAGCAGCAUUGUCAAGAUGAAGUUUGCUCUCCACAAAAAGCUGACAAGGAACUUGACCCAGAUUUUCUUACAGGUAUAGAUUUUGAUGACAGCUUCAGUUCGGAUGCUGAGAAGCACCUGGCAACUGUGAUACCUGACAGAAUUAUCUCAUUUUCAAAUGAUAAAACAAAUAGUGGGACAUCAAGCAUCACAAGGAAAUCCACAGAUGUGUCUUUCUCCAGUGCGGUGAUAAAAGAAAAUUCCGCUACUGGAGUUAUGUCUUUCUCUUCAGAACGCAUUUCUGAAGACAGUAACUGUGUUAUGUCAACUAAACCAAAUCACCUUCAGAGAGCUGAGCACACUGAAACAAGCAAGAUGGAGAACAAAAAUCCUUUGAUGCUCGGUGUGGCAUUUAAAACUGCAGGAGGAAAUGUUUUGAGAGUUUCAAAAACUUGUCUAAGCAAAGCUAGAGCUUUGUUUGCGGAUUUACAGGAGAAUCUGACAGAUAAGAAAUCCUCAGGCAUGCAAAACUGUGAAAAUGAUGAUAAAACCAAACAACAAUGCAGUAUGGAUUCUAACACCGGCGAGGAUGAUUCUAAGUUCACCUUUAAAGAUGACUGUCGUGUUGGGGAGAGAAUUCAAGGCUGUUUUUCCAGUAGGGAGUCUGCUGUCUGUUCAGAUGUACGGGUCACAAGCAUUGCAGAUAAAGACGCUACCAGAAUUUUUAAAGAUGGCAAAAUGGACACAGCCAUGUGUCAAAGUGGCUUCCACAUGGCCAGUGGGAAAGGAAUCGCUAUUUCAGCAAAAUACAUACGACAGGCAGAGGCUUUUUUCAAUGACUGUGAUGCAAACGACCAAAAUGAUGGCAUGUCAGUAAAACAUAACAAAAGCAUAGAACCUUUUUCUGAAAGAGCUGACGAUAAGAAAAACCUUUCAAAAUAUAAAAGCCCUCGACAAGUCAAAAUUUCUGAUGAACAUGCAAGUGGACGCACUAAUUGUGAAAAUGUAAAUGCUGGACCGAGUGCACCUCACACAAAGGAGCCACAUCCCGAUCAUAUGAAAAUGAAAAGUAUUGCUUUCAACGGCAGACUACCUUCAAAAAAUGCAGUGUCUUUCCAUGGAAACCCAUUUUCGAGUUCAAAGCCAUUUUCUCCUCCGCUGUUCACGACAUCAAAGAAUAUUGAUUCUACCGCCAUUGAUGAAUUGAGCAGUUAUGAUGGAUUCUGUACAGUCAGCGGGAAGAAAGUACCUGUGUCAGCUGAGGCAUUGAAAAAGGCUGAGAGUCUUUUGAAAGAAAUUUGUACACUCGAGGACGCAAACAAACCACUGAAUCAAAAAGAAAACUGUCCAAGCACAGAGCAGCUUACCACUCAAACUCAGGUUUCACCACCUAGAAAUGGUGGAUUUCAGACUGCCAGUGGAAAUAGAGUUGUCAUUUCAUCUGCAGCUCUCAAAAAACCCAAAUCUCUGUUCAGUGAAUGUGAUGAAGUGGAUGAUACGCUCUGUGUUAGGCCAUCACAUUCCAAGCCACCAGUUCAUGGUCCACCUCCCAGGAAAGAUGGAUUUCUCACAGCCAGUGGUAAAAGAGUGGCACUUUCAUCAGAGGCUCUUCAGAAGGCAAAAUCUCUCUUUAGUGACAUCAGUGUAGAGAUCCAAGAUGGUUCACACACGAGGGACAGUGACAAGAAACGAGAGAUGAUGCAUUGUAGUUUCACAGCUGCUCGGGGAGAAAAAGCCCAUAUGUCACAGAAAAAUCCUGUGAAAGAAUUUGAUUCAGCUUCAACAAAAGCAAACCAAGAGACGGAUGCUUUCUUUAAAGACUUUGAUAUGGACGAUAACAGUGGAAUGUCAGUAAUAUGUAAAAGUGUGAGCAGAUCUGCCAGUGACAAGAAAAUCCUUUCAAACAUUAAAGCAGAUCAAAUUCAACAAGGGAAACAAAUAGAAGACACUGUGCUACCGCAAAACACUGGAUUUCAGACAGCCAGUGGAAAAGGAGUUUCUAUUUCAUCUGCAGCGCUCAAGAAAGCAAAAUCCCUGUUCAGUGACUGUGAUGAAGUGGAUGAACUCGGUGUAAAACCAUCACAUUUCAAGUCUCCAGUUCAAGGUCCACCUCCCAGGAAAGAUGGAUUUCUCACAGCAAGUGGAAAGCAAGUGGCACUUUCAUCAGAGGCCCUUCAGAAGGCAAAAUCUCUCUUCAGUGACGUCAGUCACAGUGCAGAUGUUUCACACACAAAGAGCAGUGACAAGAAACAAGACAAUGGUGAAAAUACAGACAAAACACACUGUGGUUUCACAACUGCAGGAGGACAAAAAGUCCAUGUGUCACAGAAAAGUCUCUUGAAAGCAAGACAUCUUUCGAGUGAAUUUGAUUCUGUGUCAACAAAAGCAAUGCAAGAGGCAGAUGGCUUAUUCAAAGAAUGUCAUAUGGACUGUAACAGUGAAACCUCAGUCAAAUGUAGAACUAUAGCACCUUUGAGUAGUGACAGCCAGAAGAAGCCAGAUGAAAAGUUGACCGUAAAUGUUUUUGAACGAGCUGAACAUGGAUGCACUGAGCACACAAACAAACAAGAGGAACCAAAAGAAAACGCCUUGCCUCCACUGAAUGGAGGAUUUCGAACAGCCAGUGGGAAAGGAGUUGCGAUUUCGUCUGAAGCUCUCAGGAAAGCAGAAGCUCUUUUAAGUGAAUGUGAAAAAAUUGAGCAUAAGAUUGGUUCAACGCCACCACACUCCAAGACUCCACUUCCUGCUCCGUCAUUCAGGAAUAGCGGAUUUUUUGCAGCCAGUGGAAAACCUGUGACGCUUUCUUCUGAGGCCUUACAGAAGGCAAAAGCUCUCUUCGGUGACAUUAGUUUGAGCACAGAUAUCACAGCUGUUUCAGACACAAGGAAGAAUGAUGAAAAACUCAAAGAUGCUCAGAAUAGUACAGAUAAAAAGCACUGUGGUUUCACUACCGCAGGGGGAGCAAAAGUCCAUGUGUCUAAGAAAAGUCUUUUAAAAGCAAACAACCUUCUGAAAGAAUUUGCUGAUGGAGAGUGUCAUGAUUCAUGCUACUCUGGAGCAAGCCCACGUGACACCCAUAAAUUAGAUCUAUUAAAAAUGACAGAUGUGAACCAAACUACAAAUUCUGAUCUCGCUGCAGCCAGUGACAUGGACAUGCCUACUGAGGAAAGUGCCUCUUUGGUGGUUAAAUCAGCACCUACAGUAUCAUUUCAAUUUCAAGAAGACAAAAUCAUCCCACCAGGGACAGAAAAUUUACAUGACAUCCCUGAACAGGAAAUGUCAUGUGUGCUGGACUGUGAAAUAAAUGAGAGAAGCACCAAAGGGCCUAAAGUUGUAAGAACAGAUGAGUCUUCAGCUCUGAACAUUCAGUCUCUUAACCUCACCGGCUGCACAGAAACUCAGCAGAAGCUUCUUGCCCAGGAAGCUCUGGACUGCACCAAAGCCUUGCUCAAAGAUGAAAGUCUCGCUGGCCAAACUCUUCCAAUGACUUUAGAAAAUAUGCCACUAGAAGAUAAACCACAGUCCAGCAACACAUCUGCAGAGGAUGAACAAAGAAAAGGGAAAAGAUCAGUAGAAGAUGCAGAUAUGACUAGUCAGCCUCCCCUGAAAAGACGAUUACUGGAAGAAUUCAACAGAACUGUUGAUGAGCCAAGAGGUUCAGUGCUUCAGCCAGUAAAAAGUUGUCCAAAUGGUGUAAUGAGAGACAGGAGAGUGUUCAAGUACAGUGCUUCUCUUCAUCCAAACAUCACAGGGCCACACAGGACUGGAAAAAACUCAAUAGAAACCAGAUUCCAAAAGACAACGCAUCAGUCUACCCCAGGAGACAGCAGAUCAGCACAUUCCAAGAUGCCGGCGUUUGUUCCUCCAUUCAUCAAAAAUACAACCGCAGAGACUCGUAAGAAUGCAGCGGUCAAGGACGAGAUAAGGACGCCUACUGCGUUUGUUCCUCCAUUCAAAAAACAAAGAACUGUUGUGCAAGAGAGCUCCUCUAAACCACAAGAGGAAGAGGAGAAACACCCUCAUCACUUUGCAGUGCCGUCUAACAGCUGCACUUAUGUCGCGCCCAGUAAAAAAACACAAGGUGCUCGAGAUGUAACUGCCUUGGUAGAUACUACAAGUGAUAGUACAAUGAAUAAUCAGAGCCUUUCUGGUGGAUGUGUGUCAAUCAGUUCUGGUGCAAAGGUGUCACGUGUGGAUGACACGUUUUCCAGAAGCCAAGAGAUUUAUCAGAACCUUCAGAGCAUUGAGCUGGCACGGGAUAUGCAAGACAUGAGGAUCAGGAAAAAGAAGCGUCAGACCAUUCGACCCCUACCAGGAAGCCUGUUUCUAACAAAAACCUCUGGGGUGAUGAGGAUCCCACUGAAAGUUGCAAUGGAUGGAAAACCCCAGCAAGAUACACCAAAAAACAGCUGUAUGCAUAUGGAGUCCAUAAGCAUGUUUCUGACAUCACUGGUGAGACUGCAGAGUCUUUUCGCUUCAAUUUGCUGCAGUUCCUCAAAAAGGAAGCGUUUGCAGAUGAAGGUGGUGUUCAGCUCGCUGAUGGAGGAUGGCUGAUCCCCAGCAAAGAUGGGACUGCAGGAAAAGAAGAGUUCUAUAGAUCAUUAUGUGACACCCCAGGUGUGGAUCCCAAACUGAUUAGUGAGGCGUGGGUGUACAAUCACUACAGAUGGAUUGUUUGGAAGCAGGCCUCCAUGGAAAAAUCCUUCCCAGAGACAGUGGGCGG